AUGACAAGAAAAAAACAAGCUAAACACAAGGAAAACAAACUAAUAAAAAAGGUAGCGUGGAGUGAAGAAGUUGAGGAGCAUCGCAAGAAGCUCAUUGAAUGUGUAGAGAGAUAUGCUAAAGCUCAACAAGAAGUUCUAUCUAUUCCGGGUACCUCAGUCAUCGAAGAUAUCCAAUAUGCGAUGUCUCUUCUAUACGAGGAAUAUAGGGCCAAUACCUGGCCCGAUAGAUUCGAGCACAAAUAUGAUUUAUCACUUGCAGAAUCUCCAACAAAGGAAGCUUUAGUUGCGGGCAGAAUCCUGGAAGAAUAUUCAGACUUAACAACAGUUUUACAUCGAGAUCUUAAUUACGAUAUAUACUGGGCCGUUAAUGAAACUGGAGAAAUUCUUGAUAAGGCUAUAGGAUAUGAUAAUCAUCUUGAAGAAAGCGACUCUAUGGAAGAUUUUUCAUUGCACAUUGUAUUGUGAUAAAUGCGCACUACAGGCAAUGAAUAAAGUCAAAAGAAGUGCACCCUUAUGAUGAACCGCAAUAUUAAGAAGUCAUUUUUUUAUUCAUUUUUUUUCUUAGCCGGCUGGGUCCUUUCUCAUGUAUUAUUUUACAAA